UUUAAUUCUUUUAUUUGUGUUAUAAAAGAUAUGCUUAAUAGAUUGGAGGCAGAGCAUAAAACAAAACUUGAGCAACUUCAUGUCAUGCAAGAGCAACAGAAAUCUUUGGAUAUAGCUAACCAAAUGAGUGUGUCUGAAGAGGCAAGAUCUAGUAGUACAAGUAAUCAGAUUGACAAGGUAUUUAAUACUAGUGGAACUGACCUUCUAACUAGUGGAUCUGAUAGUAAAGAGAAUGAGAUGUCAUCAAAACAGAAAAAGGCAUCACUUACACUGGAAGAGAAGCAAAAGUUAGCUAAAGAACAAGAACAGGCACAGAAACUGAAAAGCCAGCAACCUCUUAAGCCACAAGCAACUGCAAUAACACCUCCAGUGAAGCAGACAAAAGACUUGACAGAUACCUUGAUAGAUAAUAUGUCAUCUUUGACUAGCCAUUCUAUCAACAAAGCUAAAGUUGCAUCUUCAAACAGCUUCUCUUCUGGCCCUUCUAUGGGUGUUGGAAUGGGAUUUUCAUCACCUAUUGACAACACAAAGAGAAAUAUAACAAAUGGACUGAAUACUAACAUGGGUUUUCAGACUGCUGGAUUCAGUAUGGGAGCUGGUCCCACCACUCAGAAUUUCUUCAGUGGUCCAAGUGCAACGGGAACAACCAAGAUGAACAUUGUACCAACGGCCAGUAUGCCAAAUUACAGUCCUAUGAAUGCUGCGUCUGCCAUCUCUCCACUGACACAACAAAGCAGACCCCCAGAUAUGUCUGCUUUAGAUAAUCUUUUUGGUCCUCAAAAACCCAAAGUUAGUAUGAAACAGUUGGCUCAACAGAAGUCAAGCCAGUGGGUUAAUCAGUUUGUACCCCCACAAGGGUCCCCAGGUGCGAGCAGCUCAGUCUUGGGACCUCAGAUGAACAUGAUAGGACAGCCUGGCUUUGGUAUACAGGGUAAUCCUUUCUUUGCUCCUCAGAACUUUGCACAACCGGCAAACACAAUGACAAACAGCAGCUCAGCUAGUAAUGACUUAAAAGAUCUUUUUGGGUAAAAUGUUUUCUUCUUUCAAAGAUCGACGAAAUUUGGAUCAUGGGUAAGCUGAUUAACAUCGGGUUUUUGAUUAGUAAAAGCAUGACUUAGGGAAACUUUCAACCCAGCAAAGUAAAGGCUUUUGCACUGGAAAAAAAGACUUGACUUUGCAUUCACCUGGUACUGCAGUGGAAUGGCCUAAGUGCAAAGUCAUCUUACGUGCUAAAGGUUUCCUGUCUCUUUACCGAACAUCAGAGCACUGAAGGUAGGAUGCAUAUUUUCAACUGAAAAAGAAGCAGCUAAGUAUUUCAAAAUUACUCAGAAGUGUACUCAAUCAAUUCCUAUGAAAUUUCCUAUGAAAUUUUGUU